AUGGCUUCAAUUUCGAGCAUUUACUCAUCUUCCCCUACACUCAACUAUCAAAAUAACCAAAACGCAUUCCUAACCUCAACACGACGUCGUUCGGAUCUCCCUUUUUACCAAACCCGACCUAAACUCACCCAAACCCGCUCCGUCGCGCGCGAGGUUCCGACUAAUCUCUCCGCUGUCCAAUCAACAAGCCACCGUCUCGAGAAGGAUCCCCGCGCGUUAUGGCGUCGCUACGUUGACUGGCUUUACCAACACAAGGAAAUCGGACUGUAUCUCGAUGUGAGCCGGGUCGGGUUUACCGAUGAGUUUGUUGAGGAAAUGGAGCCGCGUUUGCAAGACGCGCUUAUAGCUAUGGAGAAGCUUGAGAAGGGAGCGAUUGCGAAUCCGGAUGAAGGUCGUAUGGUUGGACAUUAUUGGCUUAGGGAUUCGAAUCGUGCACCGAAUUCCUUUCUGAAGUCGCAGAUUGAUAAGACGCUUGAUGCUAUUUGUGGAUUUGCGAAUGAUGUCGUCUCUGGUAAGAUUAAGCCACCUUCUUCGCCGGAGGGAAGGUUUACUCAGAUACUUUCUGUUGGGAUUGGAGGUUCUGCACUUGGACCACAGUUUGUUGCAGAGGCACUUGCUCCGGAUAAUCCUCCACUCAAGAUACGAUUUAUUGACAACACAGAUCCUGCUGGCAUUGAUCAUCAGAUUGCACAACUUGGCUCUGAGCUAGCUUCGACACUUGUAAUUGUGAUUUCAAAGAGUGGAGGUACCCCUGAGACUAGAAAUGGCUUAUUAGAAGUACAGAAGGCCUUUCGUGAAGCGGGAUUGGAUUUCCCAAAACAGGGUGUUGCUAUUACACAAGAAAAUUCUUUGUUGGAUAAUACUGCCAGAAUUGAGGGAUGGUUAGCUAGAUUUCCCAUGUUUGACUGGGUUGGAGGUAGAACAUCAGAGAUGUCUGCAGUCGGCCUGCUUCCAGCAGCUCUGCAGACCAUUGAUAUUAGAGAAAUGCUUCUUGGUGCAUCACUUAUGGACGAGGCAAAUAGGAGUACUGUGAUAAAGAAUAAUCCUGCAGCUUUGCUGGCUUUAUGUUGGUAUUGGGCUACAGAUGGUGUAGGAUCCAAGGAUAUGGUUAUCCUUCCGUAUAAGGACAGCCUGUUAUUAUUUAGUAGAUACUUGCAGCAACUAGUCAUGGAAUCUCUGGGCAAGGAAUAUGACUUGGAUGGUAAUCGGGUUAAUCAAGGACUUAGUGUCUAUGGAAAUAAAGGAAGCACAGAUCAACAUGCCUAUAUUCAGCAACUGAGGGACGGUGUACACAAUUUCUUUGCAACAUUCAUUGAGGUGCUACGUGAUAGACCACCUGGUCAUGAUUGGGAGCUUGAACCGGGUGUUACCUGUGGUGACUACCUGUUUGGUAUGCUACAGGGAACAAGGUCAGCUUUGUAUUCUAAUGACCGUGAAUCCAUCACAGUCACCGUGCAAGAAGUGACACCUAGAUCAGUUGGUGCCCUUGUUGCACUGUAUGAACGAGCAGUUGGGAUAUAUGCCUCACUUGUCAACAUAAAUGCUUAUCACCAGCCUGGUGUGGAAGCUGGUAAAAAAGCAGCAGGAGAAGUUUUAGCACUUCAGAAGCGGGUGUUGGCAGUGCUAAAUGAGGCAAGCUGCAAGGAGCCUGUUGAGCCAUUGACAAUUGAAGAAGUAGCUGAACGUUGCCAUGCUCCAGAAGAUAUUGAAGUAAUUUACAAGAUUAUUGCUCAUAUGGCUGCCAACGACAGAGCACUAAUUGCCGAAGGUAACUGUGGUUCUCCAAGGAGCGUCAAAGCUUUUCUUGGGGAGUGUAAUGUUGAUGAUUUGUUUGCAUGA